AAAUAAUACCAAACACUCGCCCGAACGAGAUUUAAUACCAUCCACCUCCAUCCAUUUCUUUUAUUUAAUUAGUUUUUAAUUUAGACUUCUAACUCUAAUUUAUUGGCCUCGCAGCCUUUUAAUUUCGGUGCCCCCAUCGCCCAUCGGUUCGUUUCGGUUUCCAUCGUCCGGAUCCAGAAAGAUCAGCUCGGUUUUUCACAAGCAGAGAAACUGAACUUGGCAACUUUGGGUGUUGUGUGUGAAAAUUGCGUGGAACGGUGCAAGGAAAAAUGUCAAAGAACAAGAUAAACACAACCACUGCCACGGCGGCCACUGGGGAGACGAUUCUAAUCGAGGUGAAAUCGAAGUUCGAUGCCGAGUUCAGGCGCUGGAGUUUCAAGCGGAAUGAGACGGAGCAGAGCUUCGACAAGUUUGCUGGCCUCAUUGAACAGCUCCACAAGCUGGCCAACAUACAGUUUCUCAUUCUGUAUAUCGAUCCGCGGGACAAUGAUCUGCUGCCCAUCAACAACGAUGAUAACUUUCUCCGGGCUCUGAAGACGGCACGUCCCCUGCUAAGGGUAAUAGUCCAGCGGAAAGAUGACCUGAACGAGUAUUCUGGCUUUGGAACGAUGAAGCCGCGUAAUCUUAUAGGCAGCAUUCUAAUGGGACACACGCCCGUAAAGACCAAGGCCCCAUCGAUAUCGAUACCCCAUGACUUUCGUCAGGUGUCGGCCAUUAUUGAUGUGGAUAUAGUACCAGAAACGCAUCGGAGAGUGCGUUUGCUUAAGCAUGGCAGCGACAAGCCGCUGGGAUUCUACAUUAGGGAUGGCACAUCCGUAAGGGUAACGGCCAGCGGUUUGGAGAAGCAGCCGGGCAUUUUUAUAUCCCGUUUAGUGCCGGGCGGUUUGGCCGAAAGCACCGGUUUGCUGGCCGUCAACGAUGAGGUAAUCGAGGUGAAUGGCAUCGAGGUGGCUGGUAAGACGCUUGACCAGGUCACCGAUAUGAUGGUGGCCAAUAGUUCCAAUCUAAUCAUUACCGUAAAGCCGGCAAAUCAGCGAACGCUGACCUCGACACAUCGCGGCUCCUUUUCGCGGAACAGCCAGUUGUCGAGUGGAUCGCAUCACACUAAUAAUACAAACACCUCCGAUGAGAUUGAGCAUGACGAUCAGGAUGAUAUCGUUGAUCUUACGGGGGUGACACUUGACGAGAGUCCCACAGCCACUGGCAAUCACAAUCACAAUCAAGCGGCAUCAUUGCAGCCAUUAUCCUCAUCACCCUCGUCGCAUCACCAGCAGGCAGCCUCCAAUGCGUCAACGAUAAUGGCCAGCGAUGUCAAGGAUGGAGUGCUGCAUUUGUAGGAUUAGCCUAGCCAUCAUCAUAAGCAUCAUUUUUGUGGUCAUUAGAUUGGAAAGUCGAGUCAAUCUUGUAAAGUUAUGCCAGCUAGGAAUCGCUUGAAUCCGCUGCUCAACGCCGGCUUUUGGUGAGGAGUAUCUGUAAGGAGAAUAUCCUUGUUAAUCAUAUCCCUUAAAGGCGGCGAUCCCAUUAUUAUUUGUGCAGAGUUUCCCCCUCAUAAACAUUCCACACAAUUAUUCAUUUGCACGUUUUUUUGAAUGCAGUUCCAGUCAGUUGUCCCCGAAAGAUAUAUUUAUAUAUUUUUGUGUGUGUGUGUGUGUAUUUAAAUUUGUAAGAUUUACGUCUUGUUAUUAUUAGAGUGAGACGGAGCAUCAAAUGCAGAAGGCAGCCAGAGUGAAAGAGAUAGAGAGAGAGAGGGAGAGAAAUUUACUUAAUUAUUAAUUUAAACAACAAAGAUCAUUAUACACAAAAGCACGACUAAUUUAUACCAACCCAAAAAAAAAAAAAACAUUCCAUUCGAUGUAGCAGAAUCUAUAUAUAUUUUUUUAAAUGUGUGAGACAAUUUAUUAAACUCGGUGUACUUUUUAUCCCA